GCCGCCCCAACGGCCCUUGCGAUCGCCACCACGUCAGCGCGGAGGAUGCACGGCCACCAGCAGCAGCCGUACCCAUACGGGCUGCGGCAAGACCCGCUGCGGCGGAUGCGAGGUCUGGACGUGAAAUCGGCGCUCCAGGCCAGCCCGCGCACGUCCACGGUGGCCACGGCCGCACUCGUCGUCCCGCUGGGUGCCGCGCUGCUGUGCGCGUCGGGGAUCGCGCUGGCUGCGACCGUGACCGGUCUCGCGCUCGCCACGCCUCCCCUCGUGAUUUUCAGCCCGGUGCUCAUACCCUUCGCGCUGGCCGCGGGGCUCAUCGCGUCGGGGCUCCUCGCGUCGGGCGCGCUCGGCGUCGCGGGCGUCUCGGCGCUCACGUGGGCCGUCGGGUACGUCUGGCAACGGCAGGGCGAAGGCGGCGGCGGGGUCACUGGGAUGGUGGUGCAGCCGCUGGACCAGGGGUCGAAGCGCCAUGGUGUCCAAGGCGCCGCCGCGUUCGUGGGGCACCGCCGCCUGCCACGGGACAUCGACGUUGCUGGUGAAUGAUGGUUUGGCGGCGUGUGUGCAAACUUUUCUAUGCUAGUUUAGUUUGCAGGUGUGUAUGGAUUUUGAUUUAUGGCCUGGAUGGAUCACACUAUGUAGCGAACGAUGUGUUCAAUUUACUGUUGGAAUAAAA